AUGCCGGACGACACAUCCAGAAAGACGCAGUCCGACUUUCUAGAAAAAACAGAAGCAGGCAUCGACCUCGACGUGCCCGACGCAGCCAGCCAGCUGUCCGAGCCUCAUCGCGCGUAUCUGCUCCAGCGACAUGGCACCCUGGACCUCGACCCCAUCCCGAGCAUGGACCCAGCGGAUCCGUACAACUGGCCACUAUGGAAGAGAAUAACCAACCUCGUCCUGGUGGCCUUCCACGCGUUCAUGGGCACCUUCAUCGCCGCGGGCAUCAUCGCCGCGUACGAAGACAUCGCGCUGGACCUGGGCGUGUCGAUCCAAAAGGUCAGCUACCUCACCUCGCUGCAGAUCGCCAUCCUGGGCGGCGGCCCGCUAUUCUGGAAACCGCUCUCGCAUCGCUUCGGCCGGCGACCCAUUUUCCUCCUUUCGCUGGCUCUGAGCUGCGCGUGCAAUAUCGGCUGCGCGAAGAGCCCGGACUAUGCGUCCAUGGCGGCGUGCAGGGCGCUCGUCGCCUUCUUCAUCUGCCCGGCCAUGGCGAUCGGGAGUGCCGUGGUCACGGAGACGUUCUUCAAGCGCGAAAGAGCCAGAUACAUGGGUGUCUGGACGGUCAUGGUGACGCUGGGGGUGCCGACUGGGCCGUUCAUCUUCGGAUUCGUCGCGCAGCGCGUGGGAUACAGGUGGAUCUACUGGGUGUUGGCCAUCACCAACGCCGUGCAAUUCCUCCUCUACCUCUUCUUCGGCCCUGAAACCCGCUACACCGGCACAGACCUGGGCUCCAGCUCCAGCUCCAGCUCCAGCUCAGCCUUCCAGCGCGAGUACCUCUCCCUCCGACGCAUCGAUCCCACCCCCUUCACCGUCCGCGAAUUCUACCACCCGCUCACCCUCUUCACCAACCCGCCCGUCCUCAUCGCCGCGUGCGCCUACGCAAUGGUCUUCCUCUUCGGCAGCGUCCUCAACUCCGUCGAAGUGCCCCAGCUCCUGCAGUCCAAGUUCGCCCUCAACGCCCAGCAACUCGGCCUCCAGUUCCUCGGCCUCAUCGUCGGCUCCCUCCUCGGCGAGCAGCUCGGCGGCUCCGCCUCGGACGCAUGGAUGGCCCGCCGCGCCCGCCGCCUCGCCCGCCGCCCGGACCCGGAGUUCCGCCUCUGGCUCAGCUACCUCGGCUUCCUGCUGACCAUCGCCGGGAUGGUGGUCUUUCUCGUCUGCACGGAGCGCGCGACGCGCGGCGUGUGGACCGUCGCGCCGGUGGUCGGCACGGGGGUCGCGGCGUUUGGGAACCAGGUUGUCACGACGGUGAUGACGACGUAUGCGGUGGAUGCGUACCCGGCCGAUGCGGGGAGUAUUGGCGUGUUUAUCAAUUUCGUGAGGUCGGAGUGGGGGUUUAUCGGGCCUUUUUGGUUCACGGCGAUGUUUGAGAGCGUGGGGAUCGCGGGGAGUGCGGGCGUGGUGACGGCGUUGAUUAUAGGGGUUAGUUUUGUUCCUACGGUCAUACUGCAGUGGAGGGGGAGGAGGCUUCGUCAAAUGUAUGAGAAGUAG